CAAAGCCUAACAAAGAUGGAAAUAUCAUCCCUUGAUCAAUUCCCAAAUUUUGAUUUCUUGCAAGAUCAAUUUCCAUGGGAAUUUGAAUACUCCGACCUGAUCAAUGGCCAUGUUGAUCAGAUACCAAGAAGUUCGUCAUUCUCGGAGACUAAUUCCUCUAAAGGAAGUAGCGAAGAAGGGCUCGAAGAAGACAGAACUAGUCUUCCUUCUCACCUUCUUAAGGAAGUAGAGCGUGGGGAAAGAAUUCCAUCGUUCAGUCGAAGGGGACAAGUUAGCAUCUUUGAUCAGAUAUCAAGAAGUUCAUCAUCCUCAGAGAGUAAUUCCUCUAAAGGAAGUAGCGAAGAAGGGACCGAAGAAGACAGAACUGGCCAUCCUUCUCACCCCACUAAAGAAGUAGAGCACGGUGAAAGAAUUCCACCGUUCAGUCAAAAAGGACAAAUUACCAUCUUUGAUCAGAUACCAAGAAGUUCAUUAUACUUAGAAACUAAUUCCUCAAAAGGAAGUAGUGCUGACGAAGAAGUGACAUCAUAUUCCAUCAAGAGAAAAGACGCAGAAGCAGACAAAAAGGAAUUAAAAGAUGAAGAAAAGCAUUAUAUAGGAGUUAGAAAAAGGCCAUGGGGGAAAUAUGCAGCAGAAAUAAGGGAUUCAACAAGAAAUGGAAUUAGGGUUUGGUUAGGGACAUUUGAUACUGUUGAAGAAGCUGCUUUAGCUUAUGAUCAAGCUGCAUUUUCAAUGCGUGGUCCUUCAGCAUUUCUCAAUUUUCCAAUGGAAAAAGUCCAAGAAUCACUUCAAAAUAUUAAUAUGAAUUCUAACCAAUUAUUAGAUGGAUUGUCUCCAGCUGCUGCUUUAAAGGAAACACAUAAAAUGAAAAUGAAAAAUGUGAAAAGAAGAAGAAAUAGGAAGAAGAAGAAAGCAGUUUUGGUUUUUGAGGAUUUGGGUGCGGACUUAUUAGAAGAACUCUUAAUGAGUUAGUUAUAAAAUCAACGGCGGAGCCAGGACUUGAACGUUAUGGGUUUUAAGUUCUAAAAUGUUAGU